UAAAUAUGGCUUUGCAUCGCCCAACAUAUCAAUUAAACACACUUUGGUAUAGACACCCAAGUUCCAGACUUGUUGACGGAAAACAGAGUGAGCUACAUAUAAACAACAACCAGUGCUCCUCAACAAGUAAUUACCAGUGUUAUGCUAUGUGGAAAGUGGAUUUACAGAAGAUCAGACGAAUUGAACGCAUUGUAGUGUUUUCUAGAACGGAUGACAUAAACUGGGGUGCCAAUAGCGAAUUUACGAAAAAACUGCGUGGAUUUUCCAUUAUUAUAUCCAACACCACAAAUCCUAAAAAUGGCGUUGUUUGUUAUCAUGAUAGACAAGACGCCACCCAUACAAUAUCUUCUAAAGUGGAUAUAUUCUGUUCCGUCGUUGGACGUUAUGUUAUAUAUUACAAUGAACGUCUACCAGGAAUCAAAUACAAAGAAAACUAUAGCCAGUACGCAUUUGCUGAUCUCUGUGAAGUGGAGGUUUACGGCUGUCCUAUUCCUGGUUAUGGACAGGAACACUCUGAUUGCACAAUUCCUUGUUUUGAGAUGUGCAGGAAUUAUCUGGAAAAUCUAAGCCUCAUGAAACAAACAUGGCUGUCUUCGCCGUCAAAUUCUGGGGGUAGCGACUUGGCGGUUGAUGGCAAAUUCAGCUCUCGAGGGUUGACGGGCCAACAAUGUACGAUAUCGAAACCUGAUACAACUAUCACAUGGUGGGUAAACCUUGGAAAGAUAUACAGGAUCCAACACAUCGUAAUUUAUUACCGGAAAGAAAACAUCGAUUGGGGUCUCGAUUUUGGUUAUAAGGCAGCUUUUCUCGGGUUUUCUCUGUAUAUUUCGAACACCACCAACAGGGAAGACGGAAUCCUAUGUCACCACGAUACAACAUACACCAGACAAACUGUUCCUGAUCACGUGUCUAUCGAUUGUCCUUACCAUGGACAAUUCGUCAUCUUCUACAAUGAACGUCUGCCCGGAGUUACCUACCCUACCGGAUAUUCUUCAAAAGCCUAUGGCGACCUCUGUGAAGUAGAGGUGUAUGGUUGUCCUAGUCCUGUUGCAAACAGUCUCCAGUGUUCAAAUCCAUGUCCUGAAAAUUGCGAGGAAUGCUUUCCUGGGACAGGAAUUUGUAUUAAAUGCAAGCAGGGAUUUGAGGGCUAUGCCUGUGAAACUGUUUGUCGUGCAAUGGUAAAAAAUAUAAGGGCUCAACAACACCACAUUAUUUCUGGAUCAAUUGACGAUAUUCAGAAUUCCAAGGGAGUCACAUUUGUUGGUAAUAAAACCCAAGUAAUGAUUGGCGUACCUUUAACGGGGGAUUCUACAAACAUUGCGGGCGUGUCCUUUUCAAUUUAUAACACGGAAUAUGUGUUCGUUACAUUUUACGAUACAUCUUUAUCAGUUGCGCAAAAGUAUUACAGAAAAAUCAACGAUUUAGAAUAUUGGAACGUCACUGUGGAGAACCCCGUAUUUUCAAGAAUUUCCGAUGUUACAAUCUCAGUUAGAUCUCCGUCUAGCUUCAUUAUCUCAAAUCUUGAAUUUCCUCUUCGAGUAUGCUUCAAAACUGGCGGUUAAAUGUAAGUAGUCAAAUGGUCAUAAUUAAACUAUCAUAACAAA